UUGAAAGCAGGCAGCUAUUGAGCGCCACGCGCCGAUCGAAACGCGCACGCGAUCGAAUAACGAAUAAAAAUAAUUUUGGGUGUCCCACUAGGGUGCAUUCUCAGCACAGUGAACAUUUCUAAAUCGUACAUAUAAUUUGUGUUACGUGUUCUGGAAGUGUAUUGUUCGCUGGUCCAGCUUAUGCAGAUGCUGUGAUGCAUGAUCAAAUGUUCGAGUGAAAUGCUGGCAACUUCAAGUGUGAAACUCACAGUGAAGUGUAAUCAAGUGUAAUCGUAAAACAGUGUAUAUGAGUGAAAAAGAGUGCUUGGAUAAGAUGACGAACAUUACGCCGGAGACAAGAAUCAUGAUGAUGAGAGGGGAGGAUGGGAGACAAGGAUAUAGGCGACAGAUCUUAGCAGCUCUGGCAGUGUCCCUCGGUCCGUUCGCUGCAGGCCUGAGCAAAGGGUACAUGUCACCAGCGAUCGCGUCCAUGCAGGAUGACCGGGUACAUAAAGGCUCGUUCACCGUUAGCGACCAACAGGCGAGCUGGAUUGCGAGUUUAAGUUUAUUAGGCGCGUUGGUUGGCGGUAUCCUCGGUGGUAUGGCGAUGAGAAUCGGCCGCAGGUCAGUGCUGCUAAUGACGGCUCUGCCUUACACGGUCGCUUGGCUCGCCACGGCGCUGUCCACGAGCGUUGAUAUGAUAUCUGUUACUUCCUUCUGCGGAGGCAUGCUGGUUUGCUGUAUAACCAUGAUAACUCAGGUUUAUGUCACAGAAAUAGCAGUGCCUGAAAUUCGAGGCUGCCUCAGUUCAGUGUUGAAGAUAUUAAGUCAAAUUGGUUUCCUCAUAUCAUUUUCUCUUGGAGCUUACCUAAAUUGGCAUCAGUUGGCUCUAGUCGUCGCAGCUGCACCAGUUCUUCUCUUCUUGGCUCUUCUUUUUAUACCUGAAACCCCAUCCUCUCUCCUUCUACGGGGGAAAGAAGAAGAAGCGGCAGAUUCCCUCCAAUGGCUCAGAGGCCCAGAUGCUGAUAUACGACAGGAAUUGGCAACGAUCAGAACUAAUAUUUUAGCAAGCAAGCAGUACAAUGAUGGUCGAGCUGGAAAAUUCAAAGUACUUCUAUCGAAAAGAUUAACUAGACCAGUCCUUAUUACUUGCGGUUUAAUGUUCUUCCAGAGAUUCACCGGCGCACAUGUAUUUAAUUUUUACGCGGUUUCGAUAUUUAAAAAAACUUUUAGAAUGAUGAACCCACAUGGUGGCGCUAUUGCGACAAGUGUUGUUCAACUUCUAGCCUCUUGUCUCUCUGGAAUGUUGAUUGAUAAUGUUGGCCGAUUGCCUUUACUUAUGAUCAGUGGAGUUAUGAUGUCAAUAGCUUUCGCCGGUUUUGGUUCAUAUGCAUAUUACGAUUAUGUCUUUAGAAAUACAACAGAUCUAACUCAAACGGUACAAGGAUCGUACGAUUGGAUACCAUUAUUAUGCGUUCUUACAUUUACAAUUGCAUUUUCUCUUGGUAUUGGUCCGAUAUCCUCACUCUUAAUUGGAGAAUUAUUUCCAUUAGAAUAUAGAAGUACUGGUAGUGCUUUAGCAACUAGUUUCAGCCACCUGUGUGGCUUCGUUAAUGUCAAAACUGCAGCUGAUUUUCAAUAUUACAUUGGUUUACAUGGUCUAUUUUGGAUGUAUGCAGGCUUAGCUGUACUCUGUCUUCUAUUUGUUGUACUCUUCGUGCCAGAAACAAAGGGUCGGGAAAUAGAUGAAAUGGAUCCGAAAUAUGUAGAAUCUCUAUGUAUUAAUCGAUAGUAUUAUAAUUGAAAGUAGUGUGUGGUUGCAAAUAUAGACUGAAUAUCUUCGUAGAAAAUAGUGGAGUGUGUCUCGAAAAGGCACAGAAGAACACGAUGCUGUUAACACAAUCUGUUUUAACAAAUCAGCCUUUAUCCAGUAUUAUUUUUAGUAUAUAUGUAUGUGUUAGUGUUUUCCAACAGUGCCUUAUCGUUUAGUGUGAGUAGUUCCUCUUCCAAGUGUCACAAGCUUUAUGUAUGAUGAUAUAUAUGACAAAUAAACCCUAGGCUAUAGAUGUUUAGAUGUUUUAAAUGAUAGUUUUUUACAUUCUUAAUCUUGAUGUGUAAAAUUCAAAAGUUAACAAAAAAAAAUCAUUUAAUUUAAUUAUUUAAACUUUUAGCUGAUUUUGAUAUACGAAACAUUUAGAUCACAGGAGGUGUAUUUGUAAAUAUUCUUAACUAUAUAAGAUCUGCAAUGAAAUAAUAAACAAGAUGCGAUAAAUGUAUAUUUAUUUUUGUAAAUAUGAAUCGAAUAGCAUAUUGUAAACCACAAUGGCUUAAUAAUGUGAUCUUUACAUACAUCAACAGUAUUGACUUAUAGCAUAUAUAUAUUUGUUUCAUGAAAGCAUUGUCAUCUAGUUUAUGAAUCAAAUAUUUUGUUUUUAUAUAGAUUCAUAUAUAUCAGAUUAUUCUAUUGUGAUAUUUUAUGAAAGUGUUUGUUAAAUAUUGUUAAAUAUCAAUAAACGAAAAAUUUACAUGUGAAGAAUGAUCGUUGAUAUUUCUAAAAUAUUGUAUUGAAAAUUUUACUCGUUUCAAAAUUAUAUAAAAGUUAAAAAAGUGGUGCUAGAACGGUGCCUCAUGGGAUGCAAGAUAUAAUGUUUUAUAAAAUUGUUAUAUUUUUAACUUUGUAUAUAGAUAGUUGUAAGUUUGUAAAUAAUAUAAAUAUAUAUGUAUUGUUUUACAAAAAAUGCCAUAUAUUGACGGGUGUACGACGUAUGCCUUGUUAUAGUAUUGUGAAGUGUACUUAAGAAUUAAUUAUUUUAAGUGUUUCAAUAAAAAAUCUUAU